CCUAAAUGGAACCGCGCGACCGUGAACUACGACUACGCUGUCGUGAGGCUGGCGAGGAAGCUCAACUUUACCGGCAAGCACAAGCACUUGAUGCCGAUCUGUCUCCCAGAGAAGGAUCAGAGCUUCGACGGAGAGACGUGCACGGCUUCUGGAUGGGGACUCAUCAAAGACCAGACCCAGGAAGGCUCCCAAAUGCCUGACCAGCUGCAAAAAGUGGACCUGCCCGUUGUACCUUACAACGUCUGCAAGGAAUACUACGAGGCGGUUAACGUGGUUCACGAGGACACCAUGAUUUGCGCCGGCCCUGAAGAGGGCGGGAAAUCUGUGUGUCAGGGAGACUCCGGAGGACCGCUGCAGUGCGCUAGAGAAGACGGCCACUACGUUCUCGCCGGAGCGACGUCCUGGGGCACGACGUGCGCGGCGCCCAAGCAGCCGGCCGUCUUCUCCAGAAUGUCGACCCAAGUGGACUGGAUCCGGACGGUCACUCGGACCGGGCAACAGUAG